GAGCGUCGCGACGGCGGAACGGCCAGUAGCCGUCGAAUCGUGUCGCAGGAAUCGCGUCCUGAAUCUCGCUCCUUCGCUAGGCGGUUUCCGUCGUCGAGUUCGUGCGCGUCCGUUGCGGGGCGGAUGGUUCUUUGCGAGGAAACUCGAGUUUUCGAAUUUUGUAAUUAAUUUUACCGAAUAAUUCAAAGUGAUGUGAAUAUUUUAUGGCGAACAUGUUUACCCAAAAAUGGUGGUGCAUUAUUGUUGGAUAUUUCGUAUUGGAUUCGUCGUUUGGAAUUAAGGAUCAGAUAAACGACCACGCCGUUAUAUCCAGAGUACCGAAUGAAACUCCGCAGUUUUCCGGGCCCAUACAGAACGUUACAGUCGCAUUAGGACGGGAGGCCGUCCUCAGCUGUACAGUCUCCGAUCUGGGCCACUAUAAGGUGGGAUGGAUGAAAGCGGACGAUCAAACCAUCCUCGCCCUGCACACUAGGGUCAUCACCCACAAUCCUCGGAUAACAGUCAAUCACGACGACAACCUGAAGACGUGGCAGCUGCGCAUCAGGCAGCUGAAGGAAUCGGACCGCGGCUGUUACAUGUGCCAGAUCAACACCGGCGAGAUGAAGAAACAAUUCGGCUGCAUCGACGUGCACGUUCCUCCGGAUAUCGACGAUUCGGGAACAAGCAAAGACAUUACGGUGAAAGAAGGCGAAAAUGUGACAAUGACUUGCAGCGCCACAGGUCACCCGGAGCCCCGGAUUCUCUGGAGAAAGGAGGAUGGCGGGCAUAUGAUUGCGCAAACAUCGCAGGAGGCUCAAAAAGUGGAAACGUUCAGGGGACCGUCUCUGAAGCUGGUGAGGGUCGAAAGGCGGCAGAUGGGCGCUUACUUAUGCAUCGCCAGUAACGACGUGCCGCCGGCGGUAAGCAAACGGAUCACUCUGCAUAUUACUUUUCCGCCGAAAGUGCAGGUUCAAAAGUCGCUGGUCGGCGCUCCAGAGCACUCCAACGCGAAGCUGAAAUGCGACGUGGAGGCCUUUCCAGCUUCCAAUAACUUCUGGACGAAGGGAGAGGAGAUGGUUUACAAAAGCGAUAAAUACACGAUUCUGGAGAAGAAAACCGGAUACAAAACUGUUAUGCUUCUAACUAUACAUAACGUUACGAAAAACGAUCUCGGUACGUUCACGUGUGCCGCUCAAAAUUCCAUGGGAAGAUCCGAGGAUUCUGCUCGAGUUUACGAAGUCAAAAUACCAACAACAACUACCACGACUACUACUACUACUACUACGACCACUACCACUACUACAACUACAGAAACUAACUUAAUAUUAGAAAUAACUAGCAGCAUCAAAAGUACAGGUUCCUCGUUAUUCGGAAUCGGUGGCAAAGUGAUCGAUGAAGAUCCGUCGGAAAACUGGCUGUUUCCAAGCGUCGCUCCGGCACCUCUAGAAUUGGAAACCCAUUCGGAUUCCACUGCGAACAAAGGACCGUGCCCGGCUUUCCAUCUGGGUGUCGGUUCGAUCGUGACGUUGAUUGGUUUUCUCAGGUGACACGUAACUUAUGAUUAGACAGGGCGGGAAGCGAUCGCUUGUCCAGGAAAUUUAUGUAAUAAUAACGACGCAAGGGGGAAAAGAACGGAUGUCGAAUCGUUCUGUAGCUUACGGGAAACUGGGGGAGAUAUGUCAUGUAAAUAAUUAGGUAUGUAAGUUGGAUUUUACCAGGUAAUACGAUUGAAUUUUUAUGACAUACGGAAUUUUUUUAUCUUGUUCCGCACAAAAAAAAUAAAUGUAAUAUAUAAAUUUUCAAGAAAUACAUAGGUGUUCAAAAACCUAUCCACGCACUCAACUUAUUUUAAAUGUACCUGCUUAGAUGUGUGUUCGUAUUAUAAAUUGAUUGUUAGCAUUGACUUUUUACCUGGUAAAUAAAAUUAAUUAUUUUCGUGGUAACCCUGUAGAUAAUUAUAUCAUAUCACGGAAUACGAUAGUAAGUAAAUUAGUCUUACCUGAUAAAUUGGAUUGAUUAAACACAUCCAAAACUGUGCUAUAGGAAUUUGAAAACAGUAGUUAGUUGUAUUAAUGUAUGCGAUAUGUCAGUUUUCCCUAGUAAUACCUUAAUUUUCCAUUUUCAUUCCAGAGUAAAUAAUUUAUCUAAACGUUAAUUUAAUCACUAGAUAGUUUUUUUUCAAUUUAGGCCCUGUAAAUAAAAACAAACGCUUGUAUAAAAUGUAGGUAAAGCGAAUUUCAAUAGAUUAUUUGUGUUAAAUAAGGCUUGAUAUUUUUUUGUUGAAUAAACGUAUUUCACAAGGAUAACGACGGGUAUUUUACGAAAUUGCAAAAAUGUACUGUUUCAACAUUUUGUAUUAAAUUAUCGUUUCAUUUUGUAUUGAUUUUAUUCUAUUUAAAUAGCCUUAAUAUUUUUCAAAUGAGUUAUUUUGAUGAAUAACGAGAUAAAUAACACAUCAAAAGCGGUUAAUUUGCGAGAGACAUCUACAAAACGAGAGCUUCAUUGAAUACACAGGCUCAUUACGGUUUUAUACCUAAGGGAAAUCAAUGUAAAAUGAAAUGAGUUUUCUCAUAAAAUACAUUCUGACUUUAUUCACCCCAAAAAUACAUAUUUUAUAAUAAAGGACGUAUACUAUAGAUAAUACCGAAUUAUUAUUAAUAGUAAAAUCACCCUAAUGAAGGAAUUAUGUAAUAUUCUAUGUGAAUGUAAAAUGUAAAUGAAUGUACAUAUCCUGCGUACGGCAGUAAUAUUGUUAAAUAUUAUAAUGAAAUAAAAG